CUCUCAUCCUUCCUUCCUGCCAAGACCGAGACCGGCCGGUCGGGGCGCAGGAACACCUCGCUUUCCGGCCGUGAUCCGACCACUCACCCUCCCCACUAACCCAUUUAUAAACCAAGCAAGCCACUAGCUUCGAACCGCAUCAACGACACGCACAGGCCGCCCGGGAACAAAGCUCCACGGAUUCGCGGUCGCUGCAGCUCGCGGCGGAGGAAGAAAAAUUUUCGUCAACGGAGCUGUAAGUUUUGCUCCGUACAGGGUUCGAUCCCUGCGAUUAUAUCGUUCUCGUCCAUGGCCGCCGGGGCGAUGGACGCCGCCGCCGGCGCCGCGGCGGGGACGGCGACGGCAAUCGAGGACCUACCCGCGGACGUCCUGGCGCUCGUGCUCCGCCGCCUCGACGGCGCGUCGCUGGCCACCGUCGGGUGCGCGUGCUCCGGCCUCCGCGACCUCGCUGCCGACCCGGGCACCUGGCGCGGGCUCUGCCUCGCCGUGUGGCCCUCCGUCCGCGACGUCCCGUUGUGCGCCGGCGGGGGGCACCGCGCGCUCUUCGCCGACGCCUUCCCGUUCCCGGCCGCGCCCGUCCCGGCCGCGGCGCCGCGGCCCCUGCCGGCGCGCCUCAUCUCGGCCGUCGACCUGCACCACGGCGGCGUCUGCAUCCUGUCCCGCGUCGUGGAGACGGACGCCGCCUCCGACUGGUUCCUCGGCUCCCCGUUCCGCGUCGACGCGCUCGUGCAGGAGGGCUUCUCGGCGCCGUCCGCAUUCGCGCCCGCGGACCUGGCGCUGAGCUGGAUCCUCGUCGACCCGGCCACCGGCCGCGCCCUGAACGCGUCCAGCCGGCGCCCCGUGUCCGUGGACCGCAAGUGGCUCACGGGCGACACCGUGGCGCGGUUCGCCGUCGCGCUCGGCGGCGGCGUGGCCCUGGAGGCCGCCGUCGUCUGCGACGAGCGCUACGGCCACGUCCGGGAGGUGAGCCUGUGCGCGGAGGACGGCGACGGCGGCGGGGUCAGCGGCCGGGACGCGCUGGCCGCGGUCGCCGCGGCCAUGGCGGGCGCGAGGCGGGGCAGCCGCGGCGCGGAGGGCGAGGCCAGGCUGCGGUACGAGGAGUUCGUCAGGGGGAAGCGGGCGCGCAAGGAGUGGAAGGCAAGGCGGGAGGGCAUGCUCGACCUCUGCUGCUCCGGCGUCGGGGCGGCGGCGUUCCUCGGCUUCCUGGUCAUGCUCACGCUCCGGUGACACGUCCGCCGCGUUGACCUGUACAGGGGAUGUAAAUAUGAUUGUGCUGUAGGUUAUACGGUCGGCUGUCAACAAUGAAACGCACAGCUGAAAGUUGCCAUCAGAUAGCGGUAUCCUUUUGCCGCUACUGAUUUUGCAGAAAGCAAAGUUUAAGAAAAAGAUUUAAAGUUUUCUUG